AUAGAUAAAUAAUUACAAAUCUUUUGAUAUUUUAUCGCGAAUUCAUAAUACAAAUAAAUAUAUUUAUCGGCAGUUUUCAUGGUAUUAGUACUGUUAGGACUGCCAGUCUUUUAUUAUUUGUGAAAAACUUUCAAUUAUAUUUUCGUAAAGUGACGCUUGACUGUUGACGUUGCAAUUAUCAUUCUAAUCGUAUCGUGUUGGAUGCAUUGGAAACCUUUUACUGACUUGACUCAUCAGUCGUAGACGCCUUGCCGAAUUGUUUUUUUUUUUUGCUCCAGUCAUCGAUAGCAAAUAUCGGGGUGCACAGUUAUUUCUAUACAUAUUUGUCAAAUGUUAAGAAUAUUGAGUAGCAUUUAGUGAUGUCAUUAUAGAUCACAUAUGAAUUUAAGAUUAAAAAUAUAACUCUAUUACAUCGAAGAAUUCUAUGUACAGCAGUGGAAAUAUUUAAUAGUUGUAUUUAUAUGCAUCCGGAUAAAUUGAGAUUGUUUCUGUGAGCUUCUUGUAAUGUCAGUUGCCGAAAUGAGUGAUGAAGCUCAUCCGCGAACUUUAUACGUUGGUAAUUUGGACACAAGUGUUUCAGAAGAUUUGUUGUGUGCUCUUUUCAAUCAAAUCGGCGCUGUGAAAGGGUGUAAAAUUAUAAGAGAACCCGGCAACGAUCCAUAUGCCUUUGUUGAGUUCACAAGUCAUCAAUCAGCAGCAACUGCUCUUGCUGCAAUGAACAAAAGAUCUUUUCUGGAUAAGGAAAUGAAAGUAAAUUGGGCAACCAGUCCUGGAAAUCAGCCCAAAGCAGAUACAAGCAGUCAUCAUCACAUAUUCGUUGGUGAUCUAAGCCCUGAAAUUGAAACACAAACAUUACGUGAAGCUUUUGCCCCCUUUGGAGAAAUUUCAAAUUGUAGAAUAGUAAGAGAUCCACAAACAUUAAAAUCCAAAGGUUAUGCAUUUGUAUCAUUUAUAAAGAAGGCAGAAGCAGAAAAUGCAAUUGCCGCUAUGAAUGGACAAUGGUUGGGAUCACGUUCCAUUAGAACUAAUUGGUCUACUCGAAAACCUCCACCUCCAAGACAAGACACCAGGCCAAGUCGCAUAGGAAAAGCUCCAACAUUUGAUGAAGUAUAUAGUCAAUCAAGUCCAACAAACUGCACGGUAUAUUGUGGUGGAUUCAGUAAUAAUGCUAUUUCAGAAGAAUUAAUGCAAAAAACAUUUAGCCAAUUUGGUCAAAUACAGGACAUUCGAGUAUUUAAAGAUAAAGGGUAUGCAUUUGUUCGCUUCACAACAAAAGAAGCUGCAACUCAUGCUAUAGAAGCUACACACAAUUCUGAUAUUCAAGGUCAUACAGUAAAAUGUUUUUGGGGCAAAGAGACUCCAAUCGGAGAUGUACAAAGCCAAGUAAUGGGUGGACCAAAUUCUAGUGCUGGAUCUAUUGCUCCUCAAGGCGCUCAGUAUCCGUACACUUACCAACAACAGAUGGGAUAUUGGUAUCAACCGGGAUAUCCUGCUCCACAAAUGGCCCCUCAGUACAUGCCACCUAAUUAUUAUCAACAAUAUGCUUACACAACGCCGCCACAGUCUGCAGCAGGCUUCCGAAUGGCGAUACAACCUGGAUGGGGAAUACAAGCAGCUCCUGGAGCUCCUCAAGGACAGCCGCCAAUGAUGUACACAAUGCCACAGUUUCAAACUCAAUGAGUUUUUAGUGAAAAAAAUAAUGCAUAUGUUUUCAAAAUAUGUGCAAUUAUUGCAUGACUAAAAUUAAGACAAGAACAACCUUCAGAUACGGUUUUAACAAAAUAAACCAUGAGCCUGUGAAUAUAAUGGGACAUUUGGGAAUUAGUAAAUUUACUUAACGAUACCUUUUUUCACUGGUACUUCUCUUAAGAAAAUUGAAUUGUAAA